AGUUAAUGUAGUCGCCGAGUUAAUGUAGUCAACGAGAGUUAGUUGUUUAGACGGUAACGUUAGCGCUAUCCGAUAUUUUUGACAGUGACAACGUGGUGUUGACACACGCCGACUCGGUGCUCAACGAGACGGCGUGUGAAGGGGCCGCGGCCUCGGUGAGCACCGAGGCCGCGUGUGACGGCGGCGCCGCGCGCAUUGCCAGCUGUGUUUAUAGCCUGUUUAUAACCUGUGCUGUGCGUCUCAACCAGUGAUGUGACUAACGGCGUUAAAAUAAAACGGCGUUGCUAAGGGCGUUAUUUUUUCAUUGACGGAUAAUCUAAUUGUUUCCACGCCGUUACCGACGAUUUGAUGUGGCGAAAAGUAACGCGCUCACCACUGGUCUCAGAGGAUCCAACACUGAAGAAGAGACGUGACACCAGUUUUUUCAGUUUACGGGUCAUUCAGUGAAACCCAUGUUAAAUGUUGAGACAGAAUAUCUAACGUGAUUUGGCAUGAAAUAUAGGUUACAUGUGAUGUGACAGGUAGUUUGAAAUGUAAUGUUAUUGUCUGGGCAUUUUUACAGCAAAGAUGACAGAGAGAAGGAGAGGGAGGAGAAAAACUCCUGAUCAGGAUGCUAUUGACCACAUUACCAUUGGAGAAGACAAAUCUUUCCUGGAAGGAAGAUUUAUUAACACACAUAAAGGGAGAGGUGUGCUUACACAAGACUACAUUGAACCAAAAAGUUUUGUGGUGGAGUAUCGUGGAGUUUUGUCUCUGAGCGACAGUGCAGAUGACAAAAACAGCAAAUAUGCAUUUGAGUUCAUGUGGAAUGGGAAGCACUAUUGCAUAGAUGCUUCAAAAGAGGACGGAACACUGGGACGACUAGUGAAUGAUGAUCACAUACAUCCCAACUGCAAAGUCAAGAGGCUAAUGCUCAAAGGAAGGCCACACUUGUGUCUAUUUUCCAUCAAGGAAAUCUUUCCAGGCGAGGAGAUAACAUUUAACUAUGGUGAUUCCUCUUGGCCAUGGCGCUCAGUGGCACCCUGUGAAGAACCAUCUGACCCAAACUUGACGAAAAGUGAGCCAGUCUCAGAAAAGGCAAGUUGUGAUUUGCACCACCACAGUCACUUGCUGUAUCACCUUCAAUACGUUAUAAAUGGUUCUGGUCCUUCAAAGUCUAUAUGACAGGCUCAUUACUCCUGUCUUCCUUCUUUCUGCUGACUAUUAACUAACAUUUCUGCCAUACACAUGGUUGGUGUCGUGACACAAUGUUUGUGAAAUGAAAAUGAAUUGGUUCAUGUUCAAAUGUCAACUCUGUUUCUGUCAUUGACUCAUUCACAGGACGUCUGUGAUGGGGUUGAUAUGAUGGCAACGGUUAGUUCAACUCCCGCAACAUCCAAAGACGACACUGACAUCUGUGAUGGGGUUGAUAUGAUGGCAGCGGUUAGUUCAACUCCCGCAACAUCCAAAGACGACACUUGCCACCAUAUACUUACCAGCGCAUUUGUCAACGCUUUGGACCAUUGUGAAGCUUGCAAUGGACCUGUCUCCACUCUAAGAUGGCUUGGUUACACAUGCAAAUGUUCGUAUUUACAUCACACCAACACAGUUGUUGUUGUUGUCUUUGGUGCAGUUAUGUUAAACUAAAAUAAAAGCCAGACUUGCUAACUUUUCAUUUAAAUGUGCUUUUAGUGUGUUCAAGGUCGUGGCACAAAUCCUGCAUGAAUCCGUUGCAGGAUGUUGAUGAGCAUGUUUCCGACUCUGCAAGUAGUCACGGCACUUCCUCCGGUGAUCUUUCACAUUGACACUGAAUCAAGUUGUGAUGGAAAUAGUGAUAGUGAGGAUCCACAGUGGGUAAACCUACCACAUCGCAAGGGUGGACCAGUUAAAUCACUUUAUUCUCAGGAAAGGACAGAGAGAGUGCCACAACCUAUGUCCUGCAUGGAACAGGAAGACAAGGAUUCUUCCAACUCUGUAAAAUUCGACAUUGAUGAUGACCACAUACCUGAUAGUGAACCCUGUUGUGAUGAUGAUCCUACAACAAGCAAUACCCAGACUCUUCUAUCAAGUACAAAAGAGGCUUCUUCUAAUGAGGCUGCAGUGGUGCCAGAAGUCUCUCCUUGCACUCCAAGAAAUUACUGCUAUGUUUGCAAAACACCUCAAUCGAAAAUAUCCCGUCAUCAUAAAAAACAUGAAAAAGGAGAGCUUGAUAUUGCUGAAGCAUUCUCGUUUCCUAAGAAAUCAAAAGAGAGAAAAAGACUACUUGAGAAGUUGCGGAACAGAGGUAAUUACGAACACAACCAGGAAGUUUUGAGGAAUCAUGAAGGACAACUGAAAUUAAGAAGAAGACCAUCACGAUCAAAAAUCUCUGUGACAACCCAAACGCAUGUGCACUGUGCAUAUUGUAAGGGCAUGUUCAUUCGUAAGGAGCUGUGGCGCCACUUGCGUAGAUGCCCAUCAAAGACGGUCUCCGAGAGUGAGGCUGUUGGGAAGAAUAGAGUCUUAGUUGUGGCUGAUAUCUCGGAGACAACAUUCUGCCAAGCAAUUUGCGCUGGACUGUGGAAAAUCCUUAGAAAUAUGAGGCAAGAUGAGAUUGCAUCUGUUGUACGAAAUGACUUCCUCAUUCUGCAACUGGGCCAGUCUCUCUUCAACAAGCAUGGGAGUGAUUCAACAAAGUUUGAGUAUAUCAGAGCCAAGGUCCGAGAAAUGGGCAGACUGUUGUUGACCUUAAGAAAGAAAUAUUCUAUAUUUAGCUUUGAAGAAGCUGCAAAGCCAAAUCAUUUUUACAAGAUCAUUGGAGCUGUCAGAGCAGUUGCAGGAUAUGAUGAAGAGAAACACUCCUAUUGCACACCAAGCCUUGCCCUGAAAUUGGGACACUCGCUCAAGAAGAUCGGUGAAAUUUUUCUCUGCAGGGCCAUCGCAGCAGAGGAUGAAGAUUUGAUUAAAGCAGCAGAACGAUUCACACAACUCUGCACAAAACAGUGGGCAACACAGGUCUCCCACACUGCACUGGCUACUUUGACCAAGGCAAAAUUUAACAAACCAUCCACCAUACCAUUCACAGAGGAUGUGCAGCUCUUGCACAAGUACCUGGAGGACAAAUCAGCAGACGCCAUUAAAAACCUAAAAGACCAUGAUUCUCCACAGGCGUAUGCUGAACUUGCUAGGGUGACACUCACUCAGAUAAUCGUCUUUAAUAGACGCCGUGCAGGAGAAGUCUCAAAAAUGACACUUGAGUCCUUCAAAAAAAGAGACCAGACUGAGCUCCAUAGUGACAUAGCUGCUAGCUUGUCACCGUUUGAACAAAAGCUAGCCCAGCACUUCAGCAGGGUUGAAAUUAUGGGCAAAAGAGGGAGGAAAGUUGCUGUUCUAUUAAACCCGGAAGUUGUCAGUGCAACAACACUUCUAUCACACAAAACAGACGCAUGUAACGUCCAUAAGGAUAACCCCUUCCUCUUUGGACGUCCACAGUGCCCACCCACGAGCUACUACAGGGGACAGGACUGCAUACGAAUUUUUGCACACGCGUGUGGUGCAAAGAAUCCUGAUAAUCUGAGGUCUACGCAACUUCGCAAGCACAUUGCAACAUUGUCCCAAAUUCUCAAUCUCAAAAAUAAUGAGCUGGACCAACUUGCCAAUUUCUUGGGCCUCGACAUUCGGGUCCACAGAGACUUUUCUUGUCUUCCGGAGGCAACUAUAGAAAUGGCAAAAAUCACAAAGCUUCUACUUGCAAUGGAAAAAGGAACUCUUGCAAAAUUCCAGGGAAUGUCUCUUGACGAGAUUGAGGUUGAAGCUGAAUUGGACCCAGAGCUGGAAGAUGGAGAUGAUGAAGGCGAUGGAGACGACGAAGGCGACGACGACGGAGGCUGCGAAGGUGACGACGGAGGCUGCGGAGGUGACGACGGAGGCGGCGGAGGCUGCGAAGUUGACGACGGAGGUGACGACGGAGGUGAUGACAGAGGCGGCGGAGGCGACGACGGAGGCGGUGGUGAAGAGUCAGAUUGUCCCCUUGGACUAAGAGAAAAUCAAGAAAUGAAGAUGCCUGAAGAGCCCACCAGCUCCUCAGGUAAUGUGCGGGAAAGUCAUAAUUUGCUAUAUUGUAGGCAGUACUACUGUGCUGCAUGUGUUCUGACGGGGAGAAAGCAGACAAAAUGCAAAGCUGUUAUAACUUCUGAACUUCUUAAAUCUGAACCUUCUUUUUAUAUAUUUAUUUUAGGGAAAAGAAAAAGUAUGGAAUUGACCCAGGGUGAGGCCAAGAGUUACAAAGGGGGAAACAAACUGUGUGCGACCCAGAGUGUGGCAUCCAGCUCCAAAGAAUUCAAAUCAAGAAGAUGUGUGAAAAGGCCAUGGAGCAAGACUGAAGUUGGUGCUGUCAUGAAACAUUUUAAGACACACAUUUCAAAGGGACACUUGGCAACUAAGUUAGAGUGUGAGCGGUGUAAGGUUUCUGAGCACCCUGUUUUGAGCGACAGAACUCCUCAAAAUAUAAGAGACUUUGUUAGGAACAGGGGCCUUAUGUUUAAAAGAAAGGUCUAACUUGUUUUAUUUUUUUACAUAUGUUUCAAAGGUUCCUCAGAGCAUUAUUACGCGUUUGUGUUAGUUCAUGUUAGUUCAUAGUUCAUAGUUCAUAGUUCAGGGCUAUUCAACCUCCUUAACAAGUGGGCCGAAAAGGAAAACCACUGGGGGUUCAUGGGCCACACAGAGUAGAACGAUGUCAAUGAAUCGCUGCAAAUAAAUCGUACUUAAAGUAGUGUUAACUUAAUAUAUAUAGUACUACUACAUGGAAUAAACUUGUCAGACGCAUUCCUUCCUUCUUCACUUUUAAUCGUAUCAUUAGAAAAUAUUUUGUUCUCACAUAUUUUGGACACGUAUUUAGAAUUCAACAAUGUUGUUUGAAUCAUCACAAAACAGAACUACUGUACAUAUGAGACAUUUUGAGCCAGUGAGAAAGAUUGCACUGCCUUUUUUGCCUAGUUUGAAUCAUCCUGAGACACUCAUGCAGCUUCUCAUAGGUCAUGGAGCAGCGUGCCCUUGUUCUGAUGGCAUUCAUAUGAGAAAAGCUAGACUCAACGUAUCGGUUGAGCCAAACAUUGUCAGAAUAAGUGAUGCCAGUUCCUGAUUGUGGGGUACUGCUACUGGCUAGUAUCACCGGCUACACACGGAAACCUGAUUUGCAUGCAACUAUGUUUCUCCUUUAUUUUAUUUAUUUUUUGCAUGCAACCUCUUGCGGGCCAGAAAAAAUUAAGAGGGGCCGUAUUUGGCCCACGGGCCGCUAGUUGAAUAGGCCUGUCAUAGUUCAUAGUUCAUGUUCAUGUUCAAAUAAUUCAGAUUUGUUUAUGUGGAGUUCAAUAUGUGGAGUUCAAUAUAACGCAAGUUCAAUGUUAAGGAUUUUUUACACUCUUGGUAAAGAAAAUAAAUAAAAAUUGUGUUAUUUAUUAACUGAUUCAAAGAUUAUUACUGUAAUUCCAGGACAUGAAGGUACAUAAAAGGAACAACCUUCUCAAGGUUCCAUAAAAGCAGCAGACAAUUACAAAAUUACUAUUUAAAAGUUAAACAGCAUUCAGUGCUAAGAAAUAAUAUGAUAUAUAAAAUAAUACUACAUUUUAUUUAAAGCGCCUUUCAAGGUUCCCAUUCACUAGAUGACAGUGACAUGUCAUUUUAAUGGCAAAUCUUUUAGCUGCUGGUGGAUAGAUGAGAUUAAAAUUUCAAGAGAAAAUAAACAUGUUUAUUGUGUAUAGAUAGCAUAGAGUAUUACACAUUAGUCAAAGUUCAGUAGUGUUAAUCUUUCAAAAUACCAGGUAAUUGACCAUUCUCAAAACUCUUGAUGGAUUGACAUACAACACUAGUGUAUGGGUGUAAUGACCAGAUAAACCAGUGCGGUCCUUAUAGUUAAGGGUUUUGGCCUGAUUGUGUGUGUGUGUAUGGGUAAUGACCAGAUAAAUCAGUGCGGUCCUUAUAAUUAAGGGUUUUGCCCUGAUUGUGUGUGUGUCUGUGUGUGUGUGUAUGGGUAAUGACCAGAUAAACCAGUGCGGUCCUUAUAGUUAAGGGUUUUGCCCUGAUUGUGUGUGUGUGUGUGUGUGUGUGUAUGGGUAAUGACCAGAUAAACCAGUGCGGUCCUUAUAGUUAAGGGUUUUGCCCUGAUUGUGUGUGUGUAUGGGUAAUGACCAGAUAAACCAGUGCGGUCCUUAUAGUUAAGGGUUUUGCCCUGAUUGUGUGUGUGUAUGGGUAAUGACCAGAUAAACCAGUGCGGUCCUUAUAAUUAAGGGUUUUGCCCUGAUUGUGUGUGUGUAUGGGUAAUGACCAGAUAAACCAGGGGGGUCCUCAGAAAUCACUGUUGUGUCAGGAAACGCCUCCUCCCGCCCCCGUCCUCAUAGUCCUUAAAAAGUCAGGUUUUCAUAACUUCAGAUUCUUUAACAGUAAUUCAAUUUUAAAUAGCCAGAAAAUGUUCUGAUUUUUUUUGGACCAUAUUCAUGUUUCUUGCAUGUCUCUGGGACAAAGGGAAAGGUGGGACCCCGUGAACCAUGUCUGGGCCUGUAUGGGAAAAGUGUCCUUUUAAACCACAGCAACCAGUGUGUGUGUGUGUGUGUGUGUGUGUGUGUGUGUGUGUGUGUGUGUGUGUGUGUGUGUGUGUGUGUGUGUGUGUGUGUGUGUGUGUGUGUGUGUGUGUGUGUGUGUGUGUGUGUGUGUGUGUGUGUGUGUGUGUGGCAUUGUUGAGAGGACCUAGCAAACCAAACAUUGCUGUGCAAGUGAUAAAUAAACUUGGAUUUGAUUUAUUAUCCUGCAAUGAAUUUAGUAAAUGCACACACUCAAACUGGUGCAAACUGGAUUGUUAGUUGACUUCCCCAGUACAGGUCUUGUUUACCCCAACAUAUUGUUACUUGUCUGUUUGAAGUUACAUUCUUUUCUUUCUUCUUCUUGGGUUCCACAGCGAUGAUGAUGCUGAUUAUGAGCCACCUUCAUCCACUGCUCCUGCUCCAGCGUCAGCCCCCCCACCUCCCCCACGGCCAUCAACAACUACCCCCACCUCUGAGCCAAAGAAAGCUAAAUCUACUAGACGUGCUUCUGCUCCCCUUCCUCAGCCAUGCUCUUCCUCAUCGGAUUCUGACUCACCUGAAGAAACACGACACAAAAAAAAAGGGAAAGCAUCAUACAAAUCGGCAAAUCCUCAGAAGCGUAGUCGAGGUGGGUCUGCCACUUCAAGAGUGAGAGAUGAUGAAGGAAGCUGGCACAACAGAGAGGAGAAAGACAAAAGACCAGUCCCACUCAGGUUCAUGCCAGCCAGGGUCCCUGGCCCCACAUUUGACACCACCGCAUCAUGGUCUCCCCUUUCACUUUUCCAGCUGUUUUUUAGCGCUUCUAUAGUCCGUACUCUCAUUGACAACACCAAUGCCAACGCUGCCAGGAGAUUACAGGCUGGAAUGAAGUUUGUUUGGAAAGUGCUGACGGUUAGCGAUUUUUAUAUUUUCAUGGCCAUUAUAAUUUUCUCAGGUCUUGUAAAAGUGCAUCAUAGAGCGGACUACUGGAGAAGGCAAUGGCCAUAUAACUUCCACUUCCCCAGUGAAAAUAUGACACGGGACCGCUUUGAAGCCAUCUUGUGGUCGCUGCACCUGAGCAACCCAACAGAAGAUGAGGACAACGAGCGCAAGAAGGACACUGCCGAAUAUGACAGACUUUUCAAAAUCAAGCCCUUGUACACCGAGAUAGUGACUGCCUGCCAAGCACAUUUCCAGCCCUAUCAGAACAUCUCCAUCGAUGAGAGAAUGGUGGCAACCAAGGCCCGCAACAGUAUGAAGCAGUACAUGAAGGAGAAGCCCACAAAGUGGGGGUACAAACUGUUUGUGCUCGCGGACGCCUCAACAGCCUAUACUUGGAACUUCUUUGUGUACAAGGGUAAGAGUGAGUUCAACCCAGGCCAGGGUCUAAGCUACUCCUCAGUAAUGGACCUUUUGCCAUUCCCUCUACUCGGUGGGGGCUACACAUUGUUCACAGACAAUUUUUACACCAGCCCUGCCCUCUUUCAGGAUUUAUCCAAAAAAAACUUUGGUUGUUGUGGGACCAUAAGGAAGAAUCGGAUUGGUUUUCCACACACCCAUCAGAA